UAUAUUAGCUAACAACGCCUCAUGCGGUAAAGAAACCAUGCAAGGCAGAGGCAUAUGUCCUCGUCUUCUUGACGUCUUGUUUCUUCUGGUUCUCUGUUUGAUAUCAUCUGUCUGUACAGCCAAGAAUAAUGCCUGUAGCAAGUGUUCCUGUAAUCCGAAUGGGUUGGUAAGCUGUUUUGAUCUGGAAGAGUUUCCUCCUAUUGCAACAUUUCCAAGAAACACUACGACAUUGUAUGUGUCCAAUUCAGGAGAGAUAUCUAUCCCCUCUAACAUACUACAACACCUGGACGAAUUGAAAUAUUUAACGUUGAAUAACAAUAGAAUCAAAAACAUCACUAAAUUUAGAGUCAACAAUGGAUAUUCCAGUGUGAUAACUCUAAGUUAUACUCACAACAUCAUAGAGACCAUUGAAAAUGGCGCCUUUGAUGACCUUCAACAGCUUUCUCUAUUGGACCUUUCAAAUAACAGACUGAAAGAAAUUCCUAUCUUUAACAAAAAGUCUUCAAUUACCAAACUUUAUCUGCGUGGAAACCCUGGAAUAACCAAAUUAUCCAGACAGAGCCUAGAGAAUUUACCGCUGCUCGAAAGUCUGUUCAUGGAGAGUACAGGGAUCCAACAAAUACCAGCUGGGAUAUUUAGAAAGAAUUCAAGACUUAUCAGCUUGUAUUUCAAUAAAACCAACACACUUGAACAGAUUAAUGAAGAUGCUUUCGAUGAAGAUUCGCCUCUCAAAACAUUAGUACUGGAUGAGACCAGCGUCACAUCUUUACCAAGCCGUGGUCUCAAGAAUCUUCAUGUUCUAAGUCUAAAGAAGGUCCCUGAUCUGUGGCAGCUCCCUCAACUGGAUAGUAUACGCGAGGUUUACCUGAGCUCUUAUAAUGGAUUUUUGUGUUGUGAAUUUGAAAGUGGAAAAAAGUACGGCAAAGAUUGUACGAUGCAAAAACCUUCAACAGAAAAAAACAACGCUCGAACAACAGCCUCUACUACGUCUGGUUUUGACGGUGGCACGUACCCAUCGACUCAACCUCACACUACGUCUGGAUUUGGUGGGGGAGGCUUCCCUGGUGGAGGAGGCUUCCCUGGUGGUGGUUCAAAUCCAUCGACUCAACCCCACACUACAUCUGGAUUUGGUGGGGGAGGCUUCCCUGGUGGAGGAGGCUUUCCUGGCGGUGGUUCAAAUCCAUCGACUCAACCUCACACUACGUCUGGAUUUGGUGGGGGAGGCUUCCCUGGUGGAGGAGGUUUUCCUGGCGGUGGUUCAAAUCCAUCGACUCAACCUCACACUACAUCUGGAUUUGGUGGGGGAGGCUUCCCUGGUGGAGGAGGCUUUCCUGGCGGUGGUUCAAAUCCAUCGACUCAACCUCACACUACAUCUGGAUUUGGUGGGGGAGGCUUCCCUGAUGGAGGUACACAGUUUUUUACCAACCAAUUCACUAUUCCUGAUAUUCCAAAUGUACACAUGAGUACAGCGGAUCCACCGUCUCUCAUACCACAUAGUAACAAUACCCCGAAUGGGACGCACUUUCAUCAAUGUUCAAAGAUUCCCGUAAAAUGCGUUCCAAAAAGUGACGCCUUUCAUCCAUGUGAAGACAUCAUGGGGCAUGUUUUGCUGACGGUGGUAUCUGGAAUGGUAGGUGGGGUAGCGUUGGUUGCGAACCUUGUUGUAGCACUCGUACUUUUGACGAGCCAGCGACGUCGAAACGUCACCAGAUUCUUGAUGUGUAAUUUGGCCUUUUCUGACUUCGUCCUCGGCCUCUACAUCUUCAUACUAACGUGCGUUUCCGUAGCAACGCACGGAGAAUACCACAACUAUGUUCAACAAUGGCAAAACGGAGCAGGCUGCAAAAUAUUGGGGUUCUUGGCCGUCUUUUCAUCUGAGCUCUCUCUGUUCACACUAGUCAUGAUGACUAUCGAACGCUUCUAUGCCAUUGUGUAUGCCAUGCACAUGAACACCCGGCUAUCGUUUCGCAAAACAGUUCGCUGCAUGAUUGUUGGUUGGAUAUUCGCAUUGGCCAUGGCUGCAAUACCUCUAACAGGCGUAAGCGGUUACAGCAAAGUUGCAAUCUGUCUUCCUUUUGAUGUCUCUGAUCCUGUUUCUACUGGUUAUGUAGCUUUCCUUCUGCUAGUUAACGGUGCCUCUUUCGUAUCCGUGGUGUACUUAUACUCCAGAAUGUUGUACGUGGUUAUGAGCGGGGGAGAUAUGGAGGGAGCUCCAAAGAGGAAUGACAGCAAAGUCGCUAAAAGAAUGGCCAUACUUGUCUUCACGGAUAUGCUAUGCUGGGCACCCAUCGCAUUUUUUGGUCUAUUGGCUGCUUUUGGACAAACACUACUCACUGUUACUCAAUCGAAGAUCCUGCUCGUUUUCUUUUUUCCUAUUAACUGUAUCUGCAAUCCGUUUCUUUACGCUUUCUUCACCAAGACUUUCAAGAGAGAGUUAUUUACGGCUCUAAGUCGCAUCGGGUUCUGCAAGUUUAAAGCGCUCAAGUACAACGGAACCCUAAGUUCGUUUUUGUACUCCAGAUCGGCGCGUCGCCAUCAGUCCACAGUCAACGAAAACUCCACGCCUAAAGUAAAACAUGGAUCUACUAUGUCUUUGAGACAAAGCAACCUGGAGUUGUACACAAAAGAAUCGAAAGCAGAAAAAGGCGAAAACCUGAAUGGGAUCAGUAACGCUGGAUUCAUCCCAGGACAUGAGGAGAUAAAAACAAGCCCGGGGACUGUACGAUAUGUUGUCAGCGCUACGGGGAGUGACCAAGUAUUCUUCCCCACCACACCUCAUGCUACAGAAAACAAACAUUCACCAAAGUCUAUCAUAAAAAAGAAUUCCACCACCGACAACCCCCACCGCGGGGUUUUCUCUAAAGAUGACGCACAAUUGGCUGGUAGUGAUGCACUUGAGAAGAAUUCUACGGCAAACUCACCACCACUACAGGAAAAGAGAGUAAAAAAGGUUUCCAUCGUAGACUCUCAGCGUGGAGGUUUCCCUAAAGAUGACAUACAAUUGGUCGAACGCGAUGCACUUGAAAAAAAUAAGGAAAAUAAAAAAGAUACGACCGACGUACCAGACAAGAAAAGUAAAAAGGUCUCCAUUGUGGACUCCACCGUGGAGGAGUGAAACUACUUACUUGAAUCUUGUCUUUAAUGAUAAUUAAAAUGAUACAUUAGGUUCAAGUUAAAGCAAUGGUCCACGAUAAAAAAGGAUCCCAUUUCAUUCAUUUAGAUGGAGGGUACUGUAGAGACCUGUUAAAAUGUUCAAUACUGGAUGUUUAAUUUCUGUUGUAUUCCCAACAAAAUAAAACGGCAACAGACACUUUUUAAUUUUAAUAAAACCCCUCCGAAACAACCUCUGGGCUGAUCAAAGUCAGGGCACAGCUGACUCACAGAACAAUCCCCGAAACAACCUCUGGACUGAUCAAAGUCAGGGCACAGCUGACUCACAGAACAAGCCCCGAAACAACCUCUGGAAUGAUCAAAUUCAGGGAACAGCCGACUCACAGAACAAACCCUGAAACAACCUCUGGACUGAUCAAAGUCAGGGCACAGCUGACUCACAGAUCAAAUCAGAGUUUGAAAAUGGGAGACCGGUCUCUGGUGGUCAAGUUGCUUAACAUAUCAUAAUUCAUUCAACAUUGCAUCCAUGAUAGCAUAUAUAGUCAUGCAUGAAUCUCUAAUAAUGAUUUUUUUUAAAUUUGACAUCAGGUUAGAGUGCAAACAAUAUAACCGUGAAACUUUAGUAAUACUAAAUAGGACAAUUUCAUGCAAAUUCCAUUGUUUUCUAUUGUUUAAUUAGCACUAUUUUGUACUAUUUAGUAAUUAGUGUUGCAUGGAUUAAUUGUUUACACUCUACUGGGAAACCAAAUAGAGUGAUUUUCCUUGGUGUACUUAUAGAGUGUAUAGUAGAUCUUCUUUUGUGUCUAUUUGACUGUUAUACUCUAAUUGACUACUAGAAACUGUUUAACAGUCCGAGAUAUCACUUUAUCUCAUGCCRUCUAGUAUUUUAUACUAGCUAGUCAAAUAUCAAUGAUAUUUGAAGGACAGGAAAUUAAAAUAGCAGACACAGAGUGAAAUCUUGGCCAGUUAUAGAUGAUCCAUUGCUGAAUCAUUAAAAAAAACCAGGAAAAAAAGGCCAUUAUGAUGUUAUUUAUUUAUCAGAACUUUCUGUUUAGUAUAUACAAGUCCAGUUUAUUUUCUUUAUAAAAUAUGUACUUCCACUUAAAUAUAAAAUUGUUUCAGCAUAAUUCUCAAACUGCGACAGCUGCAGUAAGAUAGAAGAGGAAAGACCACAAAAUGUAAUUAAGAACUUUAAAAAAUCAUGAACUGUAGAAACUAGAUUCAAAGAGCUUUGACCUUUCUAUUAACAAAACAUGUAUAAUUCAUAUAUAUAGUUGGGAAAUGAUGUAGACCCUUUCAUUAAUGAAACAUGUAUAAUUCUUACAUAUAGUUGGGAAAUGAUGUGGAUUGCAAAACUAAAUAAGUAAAAUUAUUGAAAUUCAGAGAGUACGCUCUUAUCAAGACUUAUGUACAUUCCUUUGACUUAACGUUGUUGUUUGAUCGGCUUCAUCCUUAUGCACCUAGACAGAAAAGGAUCAUUGGGAUAAUUAAUUCACAGUUGCUAGCUGCCGCAUAUGUUAUCUAACACGUCUUGAGCUCGCUGUUUUCGAUACCAUUUAAUUUGCUAAUACCAUGCCUCGAGCAUACGGUGAAGAUUUAAACUGGCGAGCAAUUUGGAUGACACAAGUUCUGGGUAAUCUACUCAUUAUCCUUUUCGGUCUAGGCRUGUAGGGAUGAUCCGAUCAAUGACAACGUUUAGUCAAAGGACUGUAUACAGCAAACUAUUUCAAGGAAGGUUGGUGAAGGUUUUGUUGCAUGUUGCUUACUAAACUUCAAACUUAUUAURUUCAUACGUAAAUAAUGUUAACACAGAGCAAAUUAGGCAGGAAAACAUAGCAGACAAUGUUUGCUAAAAUUCCAUAUGCUGUGGCGUUCACAAAGCCCAUAGUGCAGUUCAGGCUUGGUAUUCAACAUGCAACAAACUUUAAAAACUUUAAAAUUAAAAUAGGUGUAUACAACCACAGCACUUUCACAAUAUACGAAAUGGAAAGCAAGGUAGGGACAACAACAAAGAAGUUGGGGGUCAGAUUUUAAUAAAAAUCACUUAAUAGUAAUAUAUAGUAAUAUCAUAAGUAACAGUUCAUUUUUUACGGGCAUGGCGGCCUGCUGGUAUUUCGAGAAUUGUAAAAUUGUAAAUAAUAAAAUGUAUGACUUACCCCUA